AUGACUGAAGCCAAACAAGAUUUAAUCGAGUUAUCAACAAAUCCUUUAGAUGUAUGGAUAAAUACACAUUAUGAUGAAUUGUGUGCAGGUAUGACGUGUAAAAAUGCUCUAUUCUGCAAACCAUCAGACAUGAAAGACAAGAAUUUCCAAAUGAGCAUUAAGGAUAAAUGUGAUAGGAAACAGAGAAGAAUAGAUGGUAAACAAACAUGGUGUUAUGUUUUGAAAGAAGAAAUGAAAGGAUUAUAUAAACAGGUUGAACCAAACGAUAAUGAGGAUUCAUUUACUGACGAUGAAAUACCUGUAAAUGAGGCAGUAUAA